GUUGUUGCCGUUUGCAGUAAGUUGUAGUUAUCACCAAGGAAUCGGUAACUACACAUACCGACAUACCGUGAUUAUGAGACCGACCGAAGUUGGCCAAGCUGUUUUGCCAGCCGUUCGUCUACACCAGUGGGCGCUUCGUUCGUUAACAGCUGCUUGCCGUCUUGGUGGUCGGUUACUGUCGAAUCCGCUUGUGUCGUAUUGUAGCGUAGAGUCUUCACCGUGUAUGUAAUUCGUUGUCUAAUCGUUUUAGUCGUCAUCGUUGGUUUGCCAAUAUCUGUCUUUAAACAUUGUCAGAGUUCGUUGUGCCGAUUUUUCGAUUUUUCGAUUUUUUUUUUUUUUUUUUUAUUAAAGUGUGUUUAUGUUAUGUGAAUUAAUAAUUUAUCGUGUUUAUAUUAGUAAGUGUGUUUGAUUAUUGUCUCUUUCCGCGUGUGUGUGAUGUCUCUAUGUCCGUUCAAGAAGACUUUUUCUCUCGUGCACUUAGAACAUUUUCCAGUAACUGCGUGCAGUGGUAAUUAUCGGAACCACCCAACUGUCUUUGCAGAAUGUCAUUUGAUUCCCAAUUUAACAUGCAGAUAUUUUAAACUGGUUUGAAAUAUUAUCAAAAACAUUAAAAUGUGGUCUAAAUAUAAUCUUGGUGAAAAGAAGAACAUCUUUUUUAACCAUGAAGUACAUUUCAAAAAAGACAUAGAAACAGUUAUACAAACAAACAGUAAUAUGUUUUCUAGACAAUGUACUGUAGUGUUGGGCCCUGCUAUUAAUUUGGAUAAAUUGAAGAAGUAUGCUAGAAAAGCUCCAGAGGAAUUUACCUUUGGACUGAACCAAAGAUACCCCAAACGAAGAAAACCUAAUGAUUAUCAAGAUGGAUAUAGUGAUUAUUUAGGACCAUUUGAUUAUGAUCAUCUAACUAGCAAAUCAAUUAGAAACUUAUGUAAAUAUAAAAAGUUUUGUCAUAGAAAAUUGUUUAAAACUUCAUACAAAUAUUCAAAAUUGAAUCCAGAUAUUGUUAUAGAUUUUAUCAAGAUUCCAUCUAUACAUAAACUCACUAAGCUACUGGAUUUAAUGUAUAAUGAUUCUUUACAUCGCCUGUGCUCAAAUGAUUUAGGGGGACGUGAAAAAAAGAUUAUUCAAAUGUCCAAAGAACUUAAAACGUUUUUAUUUGAUUUAUGUUAUCAUAAAUUCCUUACAUUUUGGGGACCUGAAUUAGAGUUUGCUAAAAGUAAAUUGGAUUUAUUUGUCUUGAAAGAAUACAAGCGACUCAGACGUUCAUAUAUUAAAAAUGCAAGAGCUAAUACAACUGUAGAUAGCCCGAACUUAAGAAAAUUUAUAAUGUGCAAUGGCGGUUUGAUAAGGUAUGCUAAGAAACCACAAAUAGUUAGAUGUUUUUAUAUAAUUAAUACCUUCUGCUCAAUCCUAGUGAAAAAAUCUUGUAGAUUAAUUCGAAGAGCGCUUAUGAAGAAAAGUCGUAGAGGUAGUAAUAAAGGUAUAAGAAAACCAAUAUUUUUUAAUUGUGUACACCCUGAUAUUGAAAUACUGCGUCUCAAACUAUACCAUGAAGGUACGACCAUUAGAAAAACGUUUAUGGAAAUUAUUGACGAAUAUAAACACAUAACAAAAAACAGUAGACUUACUUUUUCUCAAAUAUCUGAUAUACGAUGCGGUUAUGAACGUAUACUUAAUCCUGGGGAAUGUAUAGAUAAAUUAGAUUUGGAAAAAUGUGCAAAUGAAAAUUACAAUUAUGAAUGUUUUCAAAACGGCACUGAUUUAAAUCAUACUAUUAUUUUUAACGAUCUCACUACGGUUAAUAAUGAUGAUUUUGAUUUAGAAUUAGAUGAUUCUGAUAUUAAACCAGAGAAUGUAUUAAAUGAAUCUGACAUGAUUCCUAACUUUUCUGGUUUCGUAUCAACUACCGUUGUCAAUCAAAAGGCUGAUAAACUUCCACAACAUAUAAUUGAUUGGGUUGAAGAAGUUCGAUCUCGUAAUUACUUUAGAUACAAAUUAGAAACAUUAAAUGGAAUAUAUAUUGCAGAUAAUUUAAAUGAGUCCGCCGAAUUAAUAGAGAAAGAAGUUCAUACAAAAUUUACUUCCAAUGAAGAUCCCAACAUUCAAAAUGAAAAGGAAACUUUGAGCCAUUGUUUGGAAGAAUUAAUGUCCACGGAUAGUUUAAUACAAGAAAGAACUGUCACAAUCAAUCAAGAUAGGGACAUUUAUACCGAUAGUUUAGAAGAAAAAUCUGUUAUAAAUUAUUCAGAAGCAGAAACAUCUGAAAAUUUAGAAAAAAAAAUUCCCAUGGUGAAUUUAGAAAAAGAUAUUUCCAUGGUGAAUUCAGAACAAAAAAAUUUAAUUGGUGUUUUAGUGAAAAAAACUUCUACAAAUAACUCAGAAGAAGAUGAAGAAGUAGAUGAAGAAGUAGAAGACGAAGAAGAAGAUGAUGAUGAAGAUGACGAUGAAGAUGAUUUUGAUGGCGAUAUUAAUGACAGUGAUGAUAAUAAUGAUGAUGAUAAUGAGGGAAGAGAAGGAGGAAGAGAAGUAUCAACUAUAAAUAAUACUUCAGAAGAGAAAAAUAUUUGUUCAAAGAUGUCGGCAAUAAAUGCAUAUUUCAAAAAAAUUCUAUUUAGACAAUCAUUGCAAGUAUACAAAUCAGAAAGAAAAGUUUUGAGACGCCUUGUAAAUGGAGGUAAGAUAAGUCGAAAGUUACUUGCUAAAUUAGGUUUACCAGUGGAAUUGUUUCAACAAAUUAUAUACUAUGGGGGUUUAAGAUUGGCAAUUCGUAAAGAGCUACGUUUUCAUCAUUUAGAAUUCAUAAGCGAUAAAAAAUAUAAGAAACUAUUAAAGUCAAUAAAACGUAAUAAUAGUAUGGUACAACAAUUUUUUACAUUUAAUGGAGUAGUAAACUUUUUAAUUUGGCCAUUGGGUAAAGAUAUUGUUAAUAGUAUUAUUCCACACUGUAGUCCAAUUAUUAACACUUUAUUUGUGUUUGUUAAAGAUGUCAUUUCUAAAUUUUGCGAAAAGGUAAAAAUAUUUUUACGUGAAUCUGGUUUAACAAUCGUAUUAAACAAAGAAUCUCUUUUUGAAAAUUUAUGUAAUGAACAGAUAAGAAAAGAUGCUUUUACAACUGAGCAAUCACUGGAAUAUGCAAAUAUCAAUAAUCCUCAUGUGUCAGAAAAAUUAAUCACUGGACAUCUAGAUUUAACAAAUACAUCAUGUUGUAUUAAGAAAAAUAGUUCUAAUGCAGAAAUAUGCAAGAGUAUGAUUAAUAUCUUAAAAUCAGAUAAUUCUAGCUUACUGUCUUGGGAAGAAUGUAAUAACUUCAAUAAGUUCAAAUCUAAACUUUUGCAAGUUGGUCUUCCAUUACCAAUAGAGAAAGACAAUACUAUGUAUGGUGCAAAAUUUAUUGAACUGUAUGUAAGAUGGUUUUGUGAGGAAUACCUUCGAGGCGACCAAUUUUAUAAAUUGGCUAUAAGUAUCUUGAAAAAUAUUGUUAUUCAAAUCAAUACUGUUGACGAAGUUGAUAUGGCAAUCGAUAACGCGUUAAUCAUAUUGUAUCAAGAUCCAUGUUUUGCAAAGGUCUAUAAAUCAUAUAUUAAUGCAAAAAAUCCCAAAUGUUUGACUAGCUCAAAAUUUGAAAAUUCUAGCAAUGACAAAAAUCAUAGUGAUUAUAAAGAUUGCAAUAAAAGAGGUAUUGAAGAAGUAAACAUUGAACCAGUGAAUGUUAAAACAAAUACGAUAGACGCCGAUAAUGUUGAAAUGUCAUCUGUUAUUAGCGAAGUUUCCACAUCUAAUGUGUUUGAUGAAUUAAAUAAUAUUCAAGUUAAUGGUUCAGAGGCUUCAAAUCCACAAUGUUUAAAUUAUAACUCAAAAAAUGAUUUUAUUCAUGAUUUUUCAAAAUUAUUAAGUGAAAAUGGCGAUGGCGCGUCUAAUAAUUUGUUUGAAAAUAUCGAUGUCGAUGAAAAUAAUCUAUUUAAUACUGGCUUUAUAAAUAUUGAUGAUUCUAAUUGUAAUCCUCUACAGUUCAAUGAAGCUAAUCCAUUUGAUGAUUUUACAAUAACUAAGUUGUUCGAUGAUAAUAUUCCACUUGAAACUCAUUCGGUUAAUGACAUGUUAGAAAUAAACUUACAAUUUCAACAAGAUAAGAACACAGAAGAAGUUUCACUGAUAUCCUCAUGUGAUGAACUUGUUAAUUAUGCAGUGAGCGAUGAAAUAAGUCUUGAAGAUCUUAAUAUGGCGGCAGUUAGUUACGAAUAUGGUUUUGAUAAUGCUGGGGUUCUAUCGCCUCCUUACAAUUAAAUGUUAUCAGGUAUAUCAAAAACUAAUUGAAAAAAUAGAUAAUUUAAAAAUUAUUAAUUAAUAAUUAGAAUCUAUCUAUAGUAAACUUUUGUUUGUUAAUUAAUAAUUUUUAUUUGUUUACAAUUAUUAAAAGUAAAACUUCACUCUUACUAUCUUUAUUAUAAUAUUU